AUGUACCGCAAAGGCAACAAAUACCGUAUCGGUUACUAUAUAGAUGAUGGCUGGUUCACCCCAGCACCGGCGAUACAACGAGCAGUAAUGGAAGCAAAAGCCCAUUUGGAAGCUACCGGUCACACGGUGGUGCCGUUCCAACCUCCCAAAGUUCCCGAGAUGAUGCGACAUUACCUUCGAGCGGUCUGCGUUGAUGGUGGCAAAUUCCUGUACAGUAAACUCUCGAGUGACAUUCUUGAUCCUUCUCUCUAUGGCCAGAUGUUCAUAUUCUUGGUACCGAUCUGGAUACAGCGACUUCUGGCUUAUCCAGUAGAGAAAUUCUUCCCUAGAAUGGCAAACAUGAUGAGGGCAAUGACCCUCAGCACAUUCGGUAAGCAUUUUUAA